AUGGAGGACGCUGGUCUCCCCAAUUCUUCAGCCGAUGACCUCAAGAAACAUGUAAUGAAGGUUUUCGAGGAGGCCACCAAAGACCGUGAGGACAUUUAUUCGAAAUACAUGUUUGACCCGAUCAGGGACUACGACUCCCUUAACGAGAAUGCCAUUCGAACCUACCAUGUAUUGGCCGCCGAUUCCGGCCUUGCUGAUGAAACCAAAGAGCUCUUUAAGCCUCGGCCUGAGUCGGGCAUUCUCACUGACGUGGCCGUCUACACUAUUAUCAUUUGGGCCUACACCUAUGUCGACAAGACCGAGGCUGCUCUCAAGGUCUACCACCGGAUGAUAGCCGCCGGUGUCUCCCCCACUUGCUGCACUUACAUCAUACUCAUCGACUCACUUGCGACACACUCGUCUUUCGAUGUCAGUUUUCUUGGGUAUGCCAAGAAGUACUUUUUGGAAAUGUUGGAUAAGGGGAUGAAGCCCCCCUCUACCUCCUACAUGACUGUGGUUGAUGCCAUUACCUGCUGUGAGUCAGCCGAGAAGGCCAGGGAGUUUGUUGAGCAGAUACAAGCAAAGGGGUUUACCCCUGACUCCUAUGUCCCUCACUUUGGAGAAGGCCACCUCGCAGAAGCAAUGAAGGGAAUAAAGCUCUAUGCUGAUCUUGUCAACAAGGCCACUGACAAGGAUAUGAAGAAAGAAUUCCUCAACUGGCAAACCAAGCCGAAAGGCCUGAGCAGUUUGUCUGUGAAGAUGAUUAAAGCUUUGAUUAAGGAUGGCAAUGCUGACGAUGCCAUCAAGAUUUGUAAGCGCACUGCUGAGAUCGGUAUGCAGCCCACGGUUGUGAUUCACACCUGCGUAAUUGAAGCCUAUCUCAAGCUUGGCAAGACCAAGGAUGUUUUGGAGGCCUAUUGGGGAAUGUUAGCUGCUGGGGUUACCCCUAAUUCCUACACUUACACUGUUUUAAUCAAGGGACUCACUGCUGAUCCCAACUUCUUUAGAGAUGCCAAGAAGUGCUUCCUUGAGAUGAUGGAAAAGGGGUUGAGGCCCAAUGUUGCUACCUACACUGCUGUGAUAGAGAGCUUUGCAAAGCAGGAGGACAAGGCAUGUGAGGAGGAGUGCAAAGAGUUGGUGGAAGUUAUGAUAAGCAAGGGGUUUGUUCCAAACGCAAAGGCUAUGAUGGAGGUUUUAAAGGGUAGACCAAAAUCUCUAAUAAGAGGAAUAAUGAACAUUGUCCUAUCCAAGUUGAGGAGCUGA